AUGUGGUCUGUCAAACACUUCACGUUUCCGCUGGCCCUGUUGAUGGCCGCAGUGUGUGAAGGCAACACGGAGAAGUCCAUAUUCCUCGCCCCAGCAACAGUCAACAUCCCAGCUCACCAGCCCACGCUGGAGGUCCUGGGCCUGGACGUCCUCACCCCCACCAGGACAUCCAUAAGGUCGCAUCUGAAUGCUUCAUUCCCCGACGCCGGCUCGGCCGUUGGCUCGGCCACGUGGUUCUUGCUAGACGACCUUAGACCCUCACAACGCUACGAGUUGCGCGUGUGCUGGGCCGCCACGCAACCCACCAACUUCAUCUUGGACGUGUACCCCUUGCAAAAGGUUUGGGAAACCCCCGAUUUGAUCGCCUCACUCGCAAGCUACGUGGAAUCUCGCGCGAGUAUUGGGACCACCGAACCAGUGGACGCAAGUUCAAACGCUACAGGCGAUAAAACGCACGGUCGUGACCGAACGACGUCCGAAUCUGAGGCAUCUGUAAUGUUGCUGCGCGUGCUUGCCGCCGCUAAUUACUAUUCACACAAUGCCGUCGUCAUGACUCACGUCGAUCCUGUCUUGGUGGACAUCAUCCUCGAUCCGUAUCUUCUUAAUAUUGUACCGCAAUCACUAGCGCCAACAGUUGUGUACAUGACUCUUGUUGCAGGUCUGGCUUGGGCACUUGCUCAGCGUAUCCGCAACCACUUGCUGGUGUUGACCAGCUCGCCAGAGCAGGCUGUGAAGAAGGCCAUGUAG